GUUCUGCCAGUGGUGGUCAGCCAAACAAGGGUCUCGAUUUCAGUGAAGUAGCUUGUCCGACAGUGUAGUGGUUGGGAAUAAGCGGUUUAAAGAAUUGUAGGUUAGUUUAUGUGGGUUAUCUUAUGUAUUCGCGAUCACAUAAAGGCUGCUAGAAUAAUGGCAACAGUUAAAAAAGAUGAUAGAUUGACAAACUCGCAGGGGUUUCUCUGUGUUGGUUUUGCUGGGAUUUUCAGCAAAACUGUUACUUCCCCUUUGGAGGUGGUAAAAAUUGUAAGCCAAGUAGGUACAUUUCAUAGCAAAAGAGGCUUUAUUCACAGCUUUUUGCUAAUCUACCAGAAUGAAGGUCUACGUGCGUUUUGGAAGGGUAAUGUGGUUUCCUGUCUUCGACUGUUUCCUUACAGUGCAAUUCAUCUGGCAACUUACAAAAAGAUUGUCCACCAGCAUAUGGAUGGUUUGGGCCAUAUAUCACAGUGGCAAGCCAUAGUGGCUGGAGGCCUAGCAGGAAUAACUGCUGCACUCACCACAUACCCACUGGAAGUGGUAGAAACACGCCUCAUUGCCCAGAACUGCAGGCAGUCUACCUACAGGGGUGUGCUGCACACCAUGUCCAACAUCUACCACAAAGAGGGGCUCCUGGCUCUCUACAGGGGAUUCUCUCUCACUGUGAUUGGUGCCGUUCCAUUCUCUAUUGGCUGCUAUGCAGUCUACAUGAACCUGGAUAAGUUGUGGCAGGAACCACACUUUCGCUUCUCUUCUCUGCAGAACUUCAUUAAUGGUUGCCUAGCAGCAGGAGUAGCCCAGACUCUGUCGUUCCCCUUUGAGACGGUGAAACGAAAAAUGCAGGCUCAGAGUUCUCACCUGCCGCAUUAUGGUGGGGUUGAUGUCCACUUCAAUGGGAUGUUGGAUUGUUUCCGACAGGUCAUCAAAACCAAGGGCAUUCUAACCUUGUGGAGUGGUCUUACAGCCAACAUGGUGAAGAUUGUUCCCUAUUUUGGCCUACUCUUUACCUGCUUUGAGAUGUGCAAACAGGUUUGCCUAUACCGCAAUGGUUACAUUGUGUCCCCCCUGAGUUACAAGCUGAAACCAGGUGUGGAUCAGAGUUUGGGCCCUUAUGAAUUGCAGGAGGUCAAACGCUACCUCAGAAACAGGAAGUUUCAGCCACAGAACUCUUCCAUGGGAAACCGUUGGUGAGGUGAAGCCUCAAACUUUAAGGAUAAGUUUGCUGCUCAGUCAUCAUCCAUAGACUGUCCUGAUUUUUAAAAUGCAGAAGUCUUCUUGAAUUCUGAUGUUUUGAAUGACAUUGUUGUUUCUAGGUUGGUUUUACUGCCUAGCACUGCGGAUGUUUUUGGUGUAUCACCAGCAAUAUGUCUGGAUACAACAGAUCUUGUAAUUUCUAUGUUGUAUGUACUAUUGUCAAUAUGAAAUGCUGGCAGUCAAAUAUUUGCACAGGCAGAAAUAAUGUAUUAAUACCUCAAAAUGUGUUUAAUGUGAUUGCACAUGAAAAUGUUAUCAGAAUAGUCCGGCUACAACAGUGGCCAUAUGGCUGGAGUAAAGACAGUAAAGGACAUUUUAGUGGACAACAUGCAGGAAAUGUGAAUGACUAUUUUUGAUUGAUCCAUGGGGUUGGGUCAAUGCUUCUCUUUUAAAUAUCCUUAAUGUGUUUGUCCUCCAUUACUGAAGGUGCCUUGCCACUUACGUAUUACUUUUUUUUCUUUUCACAUCAUGGUAUUGUAUGGUACCAAUGUAUUAUAGAUGCAUCUGAGGACACACUACCCAGAUAGCAAAUGUUGUUAUCACAGUGUGUUGGAUCUAGCUGUGUUCUGAUGUAAAUCUUUGCGUAUCCACACCAGAUCAAUGUAGAUCCAUAACAGACAAUGCUGUUAGCUGUUAGUUAGAUCCUACCACAAAAACAAACCUAUAUACAGUAAUGACACUGUGCCCUCAUGUUGCACUCCAUUACCGCAUGGUAUUUAUGUGGAUAUUUAAUAAUUUAAAAUGAAUGCAAUGCAAGACCAUUUUAAAGGUCCCCUGUGUAACGGUUUCAAUUGUUAACAAAAUCAACAUUUCCCAUUCAUAAAUGUGGCCCCAUUCAUGUUUAAUUACCACCACCACCAAUUCGAAGCAUACCUAUUGGCUUAGAAAUCCUCAUUUUACAUCAACAUAGUGUAGGGGCUACUCUCCAUGUACGUGUGCCAUUUGAAAAUAAUGGUGGCCAGCAAGGGACAUGUGCGAAAUACAGCCGCAUACAGUUCAGUCUUUGGCGUCUGCAUAGAAAAAACAUUAGCUUGGAUUCAUCUGCAGAAUUUCCCUACAUUCAACAAUGUAAGUUACGAACCCAUCUUCUACAAGCCACAUGUCUUCCUAAAAUUCUGACAUUGAAAUUGUAUUUUCCAACUAAAUGAAUAAAGAGAAAAAUAACUUU